AAUUUCCACUGUGUCCCCAGGUACAGCAGGCAGAGCGCAGCCACGUGCCUGUCGCUGCCGCCAUGCCGUUCCCGUUUGGGAAGUCUCACAAAUCCCCCGCAGACAUUGUGAAGAACCUGAAGGAGAGUAUGGCUGUCCUGGAGAAGCAAGACAUUUCUGACAAAAAAGCAGAAAAGGCUACAGAAGAAGUUUCUAAAAAUCUGGUUGCCAUGAAAGAAAUCCUGUAUGGCACGAAUGAGAAAGAGCCACAGACGGAAGCAGUGGCACAACUCGCUCAAGAACUCUAUAAUAGUGGGCUCCUUAGCACCCUGGUAGCUGAUUUACAGCUCAUUGACUUUGAGGGCAAAAAAGAUGUGGCUCAGAUUUUCAACAACAUUCUCAGAAGACAAAUUGGUACAAGGACUCCUACUGUUGAAUACAUCUGUACCCAACAGAAUAUUUUGUUCAUGUUAUUAAAAGGGUAUGAGUCUCCAGAAAUAGCUCUCAAUUGUGGAAUAAUGUUAAGAGAAUGCAUCAGACAUGAGCCACUUGCAAAAAUCAUUUUGUGGUCAGAACAGUUUUAUGAUUUCUUCAGAUAUGUCGAAAUGUCAACAUUUGACAUAGCUUCGGAUGCAUUUGCCACAUUUAAGGAUUUGCUUACAAGACAUAAGUUGCUCAGUGCAGAAUUUUUGGAACAGCAUUAUGAUAGAUUCUUCAGUGAGUAUGAGAAGUUACUGCAUUCAGAAAAUUAUGUGACAAAAAGACAGUCACUCAAGCUUCUCGGCGAACUACUAUUAGAUAGACACAACUUUACAAUUAUGACAAAAUACAUCAGUAAACCUGAAAACCUCAAGUUAAUGAUGAAUCUUCUACGGGACAAAAGUCGUAACAUCCAGUUUGAGGCCUUUCACGUUUUUAAGGUGUUUGUAGCGAACCCCAACAAGACGCAGCCCAUCUUAGACAUCCUCCUCAAGAACCAGACCAAACUCAUAGAGUUCCUUAGCAAGUUCCAGAACGACAGGACGGAAGAUGAGCAAUUCAACGAUGAAAAGACCUAUUUAGUUAAACAGAUCAGGGAUUUGAAGAGACCAGCUCAGCAGGAAGCCUAAGUUCCAAUACACACCGAGAAUGUCAAAUCCAAACCCAGCAUUUGCUGUUAGCUAUUCAGCAUCAGGCGCUCUUUCGAUUCAUGAGGAACAUUACUGCUAAUCUGCUGUUAAGUCAACGGUUUUUUCAUUUUACCUUUUUAUUUUUAUCCUUUUUUUUUCUUUUUCUUCUUCUUUUUUUUUUUUUUUUUAGUCCAAGUUGGAGAACAUAGCUGCUGCCUCCUUGCACUCUAGAGCACUCGUGGACUUUUUCUUGAUUUUGUGUCAUUGCAGAAUGCCGAGACUGUUGCUGUAGGAGUUCUGACAUGGCUGGCUCCCGAAGGUGGUGGCUUAGGGGAAGAGGGCAUUGCUGUCACCGGAUUAGACCGGAGCCUCUGCAUUUACCUGUCAAAGACCUGAGUGAGGGUUCUCGGUCUGAAUAUAUGCCUCCACGAAGGGAAGAACGGACAGAGCUUUAUUUGAAAUCAGAGGGGACUGUAUCCAAGGUGGGAGCUUCUGGGGUGGAUAAAGUUGAGAUGUGAAUAAAUGAUACUGAAACUGAGUGACUUCUCAAAAGUGUGACACUUCAUAAGGUUUUAAGGAAAAUGUAUAUAAGCUUUUCACAGCUUUCUAGAGUUUUUUGACAUUUGAUUUUCUUGAGACAUGUAAACCUGGACAUGUGGAAGGGUAUUUGUUCAUUUGACUUUUUGAAGAUGUUUUAAAAACAGUAGAGCUGUCGGUGACACCUCGCAUUUCAUUUCAGCCAUGCUUACAAGUUCCUUUUGUAUAUAAUUCUUAGAAUGCUCAUUUCUUUUAAAUGAUUUAAUUUGUACAGCAGAGGAAUGUUACUGUAUUAGUAUGUAACUAUUACCUAAAAUAUUGAGUUUUUGCAGAAAAAAAAUGAAUGCUCACAUGUAACUGAAAUACUUCAGAUUUAAGUACCACAGCGUUAAAAGGGAAAGGCGAACCAACCCUUUAUACUCAGAUAUCUACUGGGGUGCCAUCUGUAGACUAUAAUCCAGUCCUGGAACUCAACCCGCUACUCUUUCCUGCAUAAUAUUGGCCUUGAUCUUCUCCAUUGAAAAUGAGUCCUGAGUUUGCCAGAUCUAUGAAUGAUACAGAUUAUGCUAAAUUAAUGCUGAUUCUUUGUGUGUGUGGGAACCUCUAUAGAGCACCUUUUCUUUCUUAGAAUAAGUAUUCCAAUACAGUAGUUGUGAAAAUGAGUAAUUAAAACAUUGGCUUCUCUUAGGAAGAGUUCCUAGUCAUAGGUGUCCUAUGGGGAAAUUUAUUAUUAUUUUUUAAUGUCCUGUUCCUUAAUGCUGCAAAUUAUCAGUAUUUGUAAAGUAACUGAUUUUGCACCACUUUUUUUUUUUUGUUACUGUGACCACAGCAGAACAACGUCUUCUAGAAUAUUCUAUCUAUGUAAAGUGAUUAGAAUGGGUAUCUGUUCAUCUUAGUGACACAGAGAUCACAAUUAACAACUUAACAAAUCAGAGUUUGCCAGUUCAAAUUCAGCAUGGCCAUAGCCGAUUAAGAAAUUCAUUAUAUCAUUUUCCUUUGCUAGCCUAGCUGAAUUAUUUAUCAGCCAGUAAAAUGAGAUCCACCCACCUUGUGUUGACAUUUUAGCAGGUUUUAAAACCUCCUAGGACCCCAGUUAGGAAAACAGAUCCAGAAAAUAAAGAUGUUGAUGCUAUUUAAUUAAAAUGAUAAGUCUACAUUAUAAUUGGUUUUCCUGAGACUUUUUUCUUUUUUAACCAAAAUCUGUGUGAAGCUCUUCCUGUUUCUCUACGGAGAAUAGGUGUUUGGGAAGCAGAGAUAGAACUUGGGGAGUCAAACGCUUCCCCCCCCCAUGUGCUGCAGUGGUGCCUGCACUUCUCGUGAAGGCCACCAGGGGGCAGCAGGGUGUCAGAACAGCCAUAUGUCACUGUCACCUUGGAAUCUGAGAUAGUUGAAACUUCUUUUGAUUCCUUGUUUUUAAACACAAAUGUGACUUCAAGUUGAAAGUUGCACCCAAGGUUUAUGCUUACUCAAUAUAGUCCCACUACCAAGACUCGUACACCAGAAGUGGUUUUGUUGUUUUGUGUUACAAAGGUUUCGUUUUACGUAAGUCAGUUAUUCAGUGUGAUUUUUAUCCCUUGAAAUAAGCAGGUGGAGAUAUACACAGUUGUUAACAAUGCCAUCAGAGUGUUUCCUUUCUCCUGAGGAAAAGUAAAUUUCUUAUCAGAAUAUCUGGCUGGCCCUGUAAUUUAAAUUAAAAUAAAAAUUUUGGAGAAACUGCA